AUGGCAAAGUCAAUGAUUGUUACCUUGAAUGUCCCUAGUGAAUCGUUGAGGAAGUUCCCAGCUGCAGACUUCACUCCAAAAAAGAGACGGAAAAGCUCAACUUCCAACGCCCAUCCAAGUACAAAUAUCGCAACACCAACUCCUGUGAAGAAAGAAUCAAGUUUAAAUACUCCAAUACCCAAUUCCAGAGGUAGUACUCCAUCAGCAUUAGAGGAUGGUAGAAGAAGAGCACGCGGUGGCCGUGGUGGAGCCAAAGGUUCCAAAAGAUCAUUACUAUCGUCUCCAGCCCCAGAAGGAUCAAUCAAGCAAGAAACUCCAAGUACAGCGCCAGCGACUUCUUCUACUAGUUCAACAAACCAUCCAACUGUGAAAUCAACUCUUUCAAAAUCAGUGGGAACUGGUGGUGGAUCUUCAGGUGCAAAUGGAGAUGAUGAUAAAUUGGAUAAAUCAGGUGCACCUGUUAGAAAAUGGACUAAGAAACCUAUAGAUAUUAUAAGUUUCACUGGCUAUAAUAUUGAGUUCAAAAGUUGGACCGGUGCUGCUAAAGGAAAAGAGGAUAAGGUUGUAAAGCCAAAAGACGAAGAAGGUGAGAAAGAUGUUAACAAGGGUUCAUUCAAAGUUCAAAUAAAGCUGAAUAAUAAGGCAUUAGAUGUGGAUGAAGAUAACGCUGGGGGUGACUCAAGAGACCAAUCACCUGCGUUAAUGGAUGAUGCUUCUUCCAUUGUGACUACACCAGAGGGCUCUAAUGCCAUGACACCUGUUCCAUAA